AUGGCUUUGAAACUCGCGACUGGUUUUCUGGUGUUCUCGUUGUCUUUGGCAUUUGUUUCAAGCAAAACAGAAGAUCAAAACGCCGAGCUGCAUGAUAGAAAAGGUUUGAUUGAAGUGUUUCAUUGAAUCAGUAGCAAAUCCUACUUUUUGGUGCGUUGAAAGCUAGCUGUACGUCAGUGUAAUACACUUUGUCUUUGGCUUUGUUUUCUCCUAUACGUCUGAUAUCAAGAGCUAUAUAAAGUGGUUAAUCUUCCGACUACAAAAGGACCCGAGUAUAUCAAUGACAUUUCCUCAAAGUUUUUGUUAAAUGAAAGGGGAGUGGUUGGGUGAAUUGUCCCUUGUGAAACGUUGAUUGGUCGUUACAAGGUAUUUAGUGUUAAAGACGUGCUCUACGAACAUGGUUUAAAUUGGAGGAUCGGAUGUUGAUUUUUUUACAAUAAUUCGAGGAGAAUCUCGCUUGGUCAAUAGUUAAACAGGGUUAAACAGGCUGUCUCCAUUAGAAUAACUGAUGUGGAUAAAAUAAUAUUGUCUAAAACGGGUUAAAAAACGAGAACAUUUGUCUUCUAUAGGUAACAAAAAUUAUAGCAUAAAAUUUAAUUUACUUGAAGAUGAAACUCUAGAUGCGCGGGGGGAUACUGGGUUGUUCCUCAAGUGUGACCAAAAGCGUGACCAAGCAAAAAGCAAAGCUUUAAAAAUUUACUUUCCGAAAAUAUUGUCAUAAGUCGAACACAGGAAACUUCAAUCCAUAUUUUUACUCAAGCAACUCCGUUGGUUGCCUCUAAACUGGUUAAUUUGGUGCCAAAAAACGAAACGCAAAGCACAUGUCUAAGACACCCUUUCCUACUAACGCGGUUUUCUCCCACUCUCAGAGUCUGUACGGAUGGACGUACUACGUACGCUGACGUCUUAAUCAGUACUACUAAUACUAAUAUAUAGAUUUAGCCAGGGCUAAAAGCGAAGCUUCCAUUAAUAAAUUUAUAAUUUAAAUCAAACAAUAAACUUGUAAUCCACAAAUCAGUUAACUUUAAGGGAAAGCUAAGGCUAAGUGAUUUUAGAGUGAAAAAAAAAAAUCUUACAUCGAAUUGAUAGCCGUAUAUAUAUGUUGUGGUUCAAUUUUAUCCUUGGUUUAAUUUUUAUUUUCCUUUGUUUUUGGGUAUGGUAAUGUAUGAUAAUCAGUUUAAAACAAAGAAAAAUAAAAAUUAAACCAAGGGCAAAAUUGAACCACAACAUAUACACCCAAAAACUAGCAAUUAUCUUCGAUCACAUUUUAGAGCCAUAAUGGCUCUUGAUCACAGUAGAUUAGGCCUGGAAAACGCAUUUUUGGAAAGCAAAUCAAGCCGAAUUUUUUGCGUUCGACAAGUUAACUUAACAAAAUCUUGCCAACAACUCUGGGAGCGUGUAAACCAACAUUUCAUACUUUUUAUACAUCACAUCUGAAACAGUAAUAUGAGGCGUUGUUUUUAUCAUAUAGACCUCAGACAAAAUGCAGUAUUUCACAAUUUUUCAAGACAAAUAGACCUUCUCACGGUUUUCGACGCCAUCUUGACGAGUAGGCAAACGCGUGAGAAAUUACAGUGUUUGUACGAGAAUCUAAUGUCGAAUAAUUUCCGUAAAACGGCUGCUUUGAAAAAAAUAUGAAUUGUAAACUAGAGCUUUACUCUUAAGGAUUCUACUGAAAAAAUUUGGGGGCGUUACAUGAGCUAGAGGACCUAGAAUCUUUUUUUAAAAUUUUCUAUACAUUUGUCUGUUAAAAUUUCCCAGGAAAAAUUGCAGAGAAAUAUAUGGAAAAUUUAAAGCAAGCUUCUGGAGAAAUUUAAGCGCAGUAACAGCUCCCAAAACUUGUUUGUAAAAUCCUUUGCUGUGUAGCUUUAGUUUAAAAUUCAUAUUUUUUUCAGAACAGUUGUUUUACGGAAAUUAUUCGACAUUGGAUUCUCAUACAAACACUGUAAUUUCUCACGCGUUUGCCUACUCGUCAAGAUGGCGUCGAAAACCGUGACAAGGUCUAUUGCACUCAUUCAAUAUUCAAAACCGUACGAAGCACGCGUGGGCUUUUAGCAAAACCGUUCAAAAAAUUUCCAAAAUCACCUAUACGGCCAGCCGGUUCUCACUUUUGGCAAGCGCCAAAUUUUCAGUGAACAUUAAAAGAGUUACGCUUCAACAUAAUAAAGAAUUUAUUGUGUUUAUUUUUUUUAUUAAAUGGUUUUAUAACGAUGUGUAAUCUUAAAAAGCGUUUGAUACGAGCAGCAUUUUGAGUACUCCUGCAAGCGUUGUUUAUGAACGACUGAAAACAAACGGCAAAGCGAUUAAAAUUGUAAGAGACUACUAACAAUCAAUAAAAGAAAUGUAAUUCGGUGAAACAUUUACAGAGACAACAAUUUUCAUUCACGAAAACAAGUAUUAAAGCGUCUCUAAAAAUCCUGAGUCUUUAAGCUUAAGCUUAAAGCUUUUAGCCGAAUUCCUGGUGUUUACUGUUUUCAAAGAUGAACUCGAGGUAAGAAAAUCGCUCAAAGCUUUCUUUCUACAGGCAAAAUUAUAACUAAAUACUCUUCGGAACGUUUUUUCGUUCUAUAUGCGGAGAGAAAAUAUCGACUAAAGGCUUUUUAAAGUUCUGUAAGCUUAUAUAUACUAGAUCAGAUCAUUGUCUCAGAUCUUUAUACAAACGUUCAUAAAUUAGCCUCAUAAACUGCGCUCGACUUCAUGAAAUUAGAUAUAAAAAUAACAAACAUACACUGUGUACAAUAAUUACUUAGGCUUAUCAUUCGAGAUGCAGCUCUUGAAAGCUAUAAAGUAAGGCCAGAAUCGCUUGAGGGACUUUUUAACCCGCACCCAGCAAGGUAAAAACGAAAGCGAUGCAUCCGAAAUCGGAUUUCCAACUUUGGCAACCGGCGCAUUUCCCGACCAAAAAUUCAAUAAACAAACCAGCCAUGAAUCAAAGAAGACUGUUGAUAGCAGCUGUAUUUCAUUUUAAGCAUCCAGUGGAAAAAGACAGUAAAAAACAUCACAAGUUGACAAAAUACUCAGUCAGCUUCAGCUGUCAAACUGAAAGUAAACAAGGCUCAAGAUGCUGUAUAAAGUUUCUGCAUGAACUCAACUGUCAAAUUUUGACCAAUCAGAGCAUAAAAAUUGGACGGUCGUAGAGCGUGAUCAACGCGUGACUAUGGUGAGAAAAGUGAAAAGCCUCUGUCUUCCCUGCUUGUAUUUUUAAAUGACUGGCUGAAUUUUCGAGUCUGAGAUCAGUUUGAAAUCAAAAUGUUAAUAGCGCGGGGCCAUAAUGACAUUAACACAACACUUUCUGUCAUCAUGUCAUUAUUUUGCUGCCGUUCUCUUUGCCUUUGUAUUUCUCUUUCGCGUUGCUUUUGUCUAUUCAUUCUAGCUCUGUCUCGUUCUGCUUGCCGGCGUUUUUCACUGUAAUUUUCUCUCCUUCUUCUCGCUCUGACUCUUUCUACUUGCUUUCUUUUUUUCAAAACCAGUUGCGCGAUAUAAUUGCGCGACAUUGCGCCAUGCGAUUUCCCGCCAAAAAAUCUCUACUUUCCCCUACCCCAAGAGUCCAUGCGGACUACUUUCCACUACCCGGAAAGUCCGUACGGACGGACGUACGCUACUUCAUAACCAAAUUUUCUGGGAUGGAUAGUUUACCAAAUUUUCUUACCCAUGGUGCUCCGCUUCGAGCGCGCGGGAGCUCCGCUACUAUUCUAAAUCUAUUUUUUUAAAACGUUACGCAUCAAGAAACCUCCUCUCUCAAUUGCACACUUUAUUAUUAUAGAAGAUCACCAUAGACAUUUUUAUUUCUAUUUGAUCUAUUUUUAGGAUCUCACAAAUGCCAUACAGUAUCUUUUCCUGUGAAAGGAAAUCCAAUAGGUAGUGCUGAUCGAGACCGACUUCAGAAAAUCCGAACACCUGAACUGAGUUGGAUACAAGUUCUUUCAAUCGUCAAAGUUGGACCAGGUAUGAAAAAGACAUAAGAUAUGAUAUUGUAGUACAAGGCCAUCGAACUGAUUAUAUAAUCUUGGAAAGAAACUGUUAAGAAAAAUGGACGUUCAGUUGUAUACUUUCAAGAUAGAGGCAAGAUAAAGCUUGUGCACGCACUAGCCUUUACAAAUACUAACCCCCCCUCCCCCUCCCUGAAAACAAAAGAAGAAGAAGAAGAGGAAGAAGACUGAGCCAUCAAUGUAUUAUGGAAGGAUCAUUCCUGAAACCUGCCCAGCUUUGCUCCUCUUUUUUCUUUUUACGCUGUUCAGAGAGGUAAUUGCGGAAUUUUUCUGACCAUCCGUCCUUAACGCUCUGUUUUAGAAACUUGAAACCUAUCAAGGUAUGGGUACUUCAUUAAGUGGCGAUUAUUACUAAAGGUCCAGUAAUCAGGUGGCGUAUUAAAGAAGUUUUAAAAAAGCUUUUCCCCCUAAAUUUCAAGGUCACUUCCAAUCUCUUGGUCGAGUCAUUCAUUUGAAGCACUUGAAAGAACUGCUAGAGAAGCAGAAUAAUGUUAACUUUGAUGCCACAAGAAGCAACAUGGGUAACCUCGUUUCCCAAUUGGAUAUUUUAGCGGACACCCUUUACGUUGAGGUAUUGUAUAGGUUUGUUUUGGUUGUUUUGUAUGCAUAGCAUGUUACUUGUCUAUGCAGUUCAAUAUUUACAACACUAGCAUUAUUAUUCAGAUCAUUAUAUUUAUCUUCAUUUUUUCUUGUCCCCGUUUUCCAUACAUUGAAAUUAAUAAUUUCGCACCUCCAAAGCGAGUAAGGAAUAGGUCAUUCGUACGAUGGCGUCAUUUUACUUCCUACUACUACCAGAAUACUUUUCUUUUUUCCUUUCAUAUUUUAAUUUGAUAAUCCCAGCGAGGUUUAAAUAACAAAAUUAAUGCUCUAAUUUGCGAAAGAAAGCAAAACCCUGAAGGAUUCUGGUCGAAGUAGUAAAAUGACGUCAUCGUGCAAAUGGCCCACAAUACAUGUGUCUGCUGUGCUCUCUUUGCAGGGCAAAAUUCAUUUUUAUGGAGUCAAGGUAGUAAAGAUAUACGUGCGGGAGAUAACUGCUACUUACGGUAGUCAAGCAUAUUUCUAUUCACCAAACUGGAAAGAGGAAUAUAGUAGACGAGUUAUCACCGGAAAGAAUGGCGAGGAUGGUAAAAAAGGCAUUGAUGGUACUAAAGGUAGGCUAAAGUAUAUUUGUUUAUGUUCUAAAGGGUUAAUAGGCCCAGCCUCGUACCCAGGCCUGUUCGCGCUAUCCAAGUGACCAGAGGAGGCUUGGAACGGAGAGCGAUUUGUUGAGCACAAAAAUCCACGUUUAUUUCUAUCCGAAAUCGCCGAGGACGACUGGGAACUGAAAUAGGCCUAAAUCCAGAUAAAUUAGAAGGUUAACACUUAACAGGUGGUGCUAUUUCAUCAACCAUAGAUUCCUUGAACGAAAAUUCUCCAACAACUUUACGGAUUUCAUAGCAAACGUUGACUAAACUAUCCCAACCUGUUUCCGAUGCUUUUUGCAUUUCUUCAAGAAUUUGGCUAAAGUCGUGGCUCGGCGCCGCCAUUUUGGAUUUGCCAUUAUUUGCCAGGCGUCCUCGGCGAAUUUUCUCGACAAGCUUGACAGGUAACAUCCGAAAUCGCCGAGGACGACUGGGAACUGAAAUAGGCCUAAAUCCAGAUAAAUUAGAAGGUUAACACUUAACAGGUGGUGCUAGCCUUAAUUCUAGUAAGCCAAGGGUAAAUGAUGAAACUUGUAAUAAAACCUGAAUUUACCAUAUUUCCCAUAAUUUAAUGAUUAUUGUUGUUGUUUUUGAUGUUAUUCAUAAGAGACCGCUUUUAUCAAGUGAUGGCAAAUUGAUGGAAGCAAACAAAGCUCUGCGCCUUUUAAUGGUUCUUUGGGAGCAAUUUACACAUAAACUGCUUAGCUUUAGUUUGCGAAAAAGAUUAAAACUAUGAUUUUCAAUGGUUAAAAAUUCUAUAAAGAUGUGUAAUGUACACCGCUAUACGCUUAUAUUUCACCCAUGAUUUGACCUGUCAAUUAAAUCCCUUUCUGAACGAUUUCCUUUCUGAUUCUGUUGAAAUCAUUCCGGGCGCAUAUACUAAAACAAAGAAAAUUUGAAAAUAUUGGCUUCAGAGACACAUUUAAAAGAAUGCUGAUUUUUUUCUUUAGUUUAUAUCUAUGCCGACGUCGUGAAUGGGAUUUUUGGAAUAACUUCAAGAGGUGGAGAUGGCAAAAAAGGUCAAGACGGUGGUAAUGGUGCCGCAGGAAGGGACAGUGGCCAUAGGGUUGGCAUGUUGUUCAUGUUCCUUAAUUUUCUUUAUAAAACCUUUUCACUCACGUGAUCAGCAACUUUGCAAAUUCAUUGGAACGAAAAGAGGUUUUUACAUAAAAAAAAGGUUCAACUCACACAGGAUUAGUUUGGGACACCAACAUGGCCUUUGUUUCGUUGUUCAGUUGGGACGUCAAAAUUGAUUUGCCCACUUCUUGUUAAACGCAAACGGUAUGCUGCAGUUCCACUGUUUUAUACAACAAUGUGGCCGCCGUGAUGUUAAGAGUAAACGACCUUAUAUGCCCCUUUGGAAGAAAGAUCUAAAAGUAAUAGCUCAUGUUCGAUCAUGUUCGAUAUGUUGAAAUUCUAAAUUGACUCCGAGGCUUUAGGGACAAAUUGUAAAUUUUUCACGACUCCAUUGUGUCGCAAUUCCUAGAAGAGACUUGAGCAAAAGGAAAUCCAAAUCAACUAUAGAAAAAAUGACCAGAAAGCCUUGUAGUCAUGUUAGAAUUUUAAUAUAUUGACCGUGGUUAAAAGGGAAUGUGUUUUCGUUGACCGUACACAUAUGCCUUACACCUGACCAUAUUAAUUCUGCGUAGAAGUACUCAUGUUACUUUACAAUAUUUCUAUCAAUCCCUGACUCGAAUCAUAAAUUAAUCAAAAGGCAAUUGCAGUCACCUAAAAAUACAUACGCAUUUCAUCAAUUUUGUUUAAAAGAAACCUGACAGGUCCUCGAAUUUGUGUAAGCGCGUUGGUCCUUGCGUUCAUUACAGUUGGCCUGGUUACCGAGGAGUCCGAGGUCCGAAAGGAGGAGAUGGAGGGGAUGCAGGGAAGCCUGGUGAGGAAAAAAAAGCAGCCUUCGUUACGAAAAUAAUACUCGAGUACUAAAUAUUUAUAAGAAUUUGAUUGAUAGGAAUUUUCAUUAUUUCGUAAUUUUACUUCAUUACACAUACAAAUUCACGAAACGUUUAAGACGAAGCCUUUGUACGCGUAACCAUGAAGUUUUUGUUUUGUGGCCGAUGUUAUCAAACUACGAUUAAUUUUGUUCUGGCUUUUCAUAUGAAAUUGAAGCCUAUCCCACAGCAUAUUCAAACGAUGAUUUAUUUACAAUGUAUUCAUAUUUCAAUGAUGUGGUCAGGUGACGGAGGAAGCGCUGGAGUGGUAAUUUUUCGUGCAAGAAAAAUCAAUGGGGAAGUCACAAUCGGGACAUGUGCUGGAAAAGGAGCCGCUGCAGCCCGAAACGGUCGAGGGGGAAAGGGUAAGAGGAAAUUGGAAACUACAACAUUGAGAAAUAGGGGGAUCAGGUUUGACACUGUCAGUAUUAUACUUUUGACCAGGCUAGGACAAGGUAAACAAGAACGUCAGAGACACAGCCUCCUGCGGCCCGCGUGUAACGUUUUUAUCGUUACCAAAUUUGACGUUAUCUGUGAUCUACUGUAUUACUGCACAGACACAUCGUCUCAAAUCUCAGUUCAAAACAUCCAUUAUCGCUUAUGGUGACAUGAAAUACUUAUAGUGAAGGCCAACUUCACUGCCAAGUCAAAAGAGAAAUAAACAGUUAAAUACAUGUAGCACACAAGCUCGCCUGAGAUAAGUGAAGCUUUUAAUAGGUGGAAAGUGUUCCUAUACUCUGCUGUAAAAGCCUGUGUGCGCAUUAACAAGUGAAAACGCAGCUAUAGAUGAAUCAAAUGUAACGUCGGAGGAUCAGACGAAGAAUACACUUUGUCCAGACAAAUCUGUAUUGUUUCAUCUGGUGGGACAUUUGUGAAUAAUAACAAAAGACAUCCAAAGGGGGCACAUUAUACCAUUGCUAUGUUUACACUUUUUAACCCAGUCUGCAAAUCUUAAGAGCGACUGUCUGUAAAUAUCGACCAAAAUCGUCUUUUUGCGGCACAAGCUGAAAAUUCGAAUUUCGCUCAUUUUUGGCUCAUCGAUAACCCUUAAUGAGUAAUAAAACAUGCUUUAGUUAGUUUUCCCAAAUAACGUAUUCUUUUGUUAAAAUUCGAGGAAACUCAUUUUGCCCGUUCGGAGCUCAAAAUCCACUUCCGGUAAAGCGAAAUUUUACACAAAUUUCAUUGACUCGUACAUCAAACUACAAAGAUUUGGCGGCCUUUGAAGAACACGAAUAGUUUUUAUGACCCUUUCUUUCUCAUAAGACGAUAAAUUUGUGAAAGCUGUAAUAAGUUUGUGGCCAAAAAGGUAUUGUUAAAAAUUGGCCCUAUUGACAAUUUCACCGGUUCAAAAUUAUAGGGUUAAAAUAAUGUAAAUUUUUACAAUGCGCUAUAACUUAGAAUUUCGCAAAUUGACUUUCUAUGGUUUAACUAGGCCCAAAUAUAUCAGAAAAUCGAACAAAUCUUUGGGCAAACGAUUUUAAGUAGCCCGCAAGACGCCCAGUUCAACCCUAAUCUUGCGAAAAUCGCGACAUUCCAGUGGUUAAAAAUAGCGUGACACGGCCCGUCACGCCCAGCGGUGUUAACGACAGAUUCACUUUCAACAUUCUAUUCAACACUGAUAACAUAACAUAACAUAAUCUUUAUUUAACGUGGGAGAAACACUUAGCUAAAGCUAUUUUGCAGGUUUUCCACAAAUCAAUAUUAAGAAAGAAAGAAAGAAAAUAUGUACAUAGAAGUGUAAAAAUAUAAAAUAUCUAGCAUCUAAAAUUACAAAAUUAGAUAACUAAAAUUGAAUGUUCCUCACUUGUUUGUUAAAUUCUAGUCCUCCAGCUCUUAAUCGUAAUUCGUUUGGAAUACUGUUCCAUUGUUUUGCGGCGAAAUAUCUGAAGGAGUUUAAUCCAUACUUUGUAGUCUUUACUUUUGCCCCUUAAAUCGUACUUGUUGUCUCUCAUUUUAACGAGUUCCUUAAUGCAAGUGGGGGCGGUGCCUUGAAAACAGGCGUUUAUAGGUAUUAACAUGUCCUGGACACGACGGUUUUCCAGCGUGGUUCCUAAACCUAUUCGCUGUAGCAGUUCAUAAUAAGCUGAUGUUUUAUCUUUGUAAACAUAUCUUAGUGCACGCUCAUUUACUUUUUCUAUUUUCUUUGUGUUUCUCGAACCACAAUGAUGCCAUACCUGACUGCAAUAAUAAAAAUGAGGCAGAACAAACGCUCGAUACAGUAAUUCCUCGACCUUGCCCGGAAGAAUGUUUUGUAACCUAUUCAGCGCAUUCAUCACAUGCCGAAUUCCAGCAUACAAUCUAUAUUACAUCUUUCAAUAACCUUAUCUUAUUUAGAAGAGUCAUUUUGUUUGGAUACAAUAUAUAGUGUAGAAUUGCCCAAAAGUCGGCUUUUUUGAGCAACGUCAGCAAGACGUCGACGACCGAGCCCAACGAAAACAAACUUUGAACAAGUACAGUGGUGUGUUUCAUAAUUUAAGCAUCCGUCAAAAGGCAUAAAUACGUUAAAUUUAAGACAGGGAUAACCAAUAUUAACUAAUUCGAACAAUGUUUUUUUCUUGCGAGUUUUCUCUUUAAAGUAAUUAUGUAUAAGUAUAAAUGUACGUUUGGAUGUAUUACUAUCACGCUUAUAAAGGUACAUUGUAACGAACGUUUCAGAAAACGUUUUAACUCCUUUCGAUCGACGAUGAAACGCCAUCAUCAAAAACAAAUCACCAAAAACUUUCUUCUACAGCAAAACGGAAAAUAGAGAAAAAAGUGGCGUUUUACUAAUGCUAAAGCAGGAAUAGUUGCAGCGUGAUCAUGAGCUUUUAAAAAUGGCAAAUGCUCCUAAAUGGACAUCUAUAGAUCCCUUGCAUCGCCAUUGGAAAAAAAACUCUCUGGCCCACUAUGAACUAGCCUAUUCCAGGCGUAGUGAACAGUGGAUAGUGGAUAGAGGACGGUGGCGCGAAAUGGGGAACGGAGGAAAACAAACGUGGAAAAGAGUAAGAGGGAGAGAGUAGGAGGACCUUUCGCCCUCAAUCCCUAACCCCGCCCCUUCGCCAUUUUUUCUAGCCCACCUUUCUUUGCGUUUUCUCAACUAUCUGAAGGCCUGUUACAGGUUACCUAGGUCCUUCAUUUACAAAUUUUUAUGGUAUAUAACGUAUUUAUUCGAUUAACCGCCCUGGGCGCUUAUUAAAUUUUUGGACCUUGAGAGUGGGCGCUUAUUCGAGGUGGGUGCUUAUUCGAAGGCUGGGCGCUUAUUAAAUUUCGCCAUUCUCAGCAAGUGUAGUAUGUUUAUUUUGCAACAAAACAAUAAAUGGUAAUAACAAAAAGCGGACAUGUAACAAAAAAUAAAAUGUAAAAUGCUCUGAAGAAAACUCCGUCUUCGGGAGGGUCUAUUAUUAUCUCUUAUUUAAGUUUGUGUAGGAGGGAGUGGGCGCUUAUUAACUGUUCUGCCUUUAGGAGGGGCGCUUAUUCGAGGUGGGCGCUAAUUUGAGCUUGGGCGCUUAUUCGAAUAAAUAGAGUAUUCAACUUGAGCGUCGAGCACUUUUGGCGCUUUGUUAUUGAUCAGCAGGAACGGAUUUGGUAGUACUAACUUUUCAACUGCUUUUAGACUGCGAAUUUUUUUUUCUUUCUUUCUUGCUGACUUUCUUUUAUUUUUUCUUUGUCAGUUUCUACCGUAAUUUUUAGACGUAUUUUUCGAUCCUCUCCCCAGUCUCACUCACUCUGCUCCCCCCCCCCCCCCCCCCCCCCCUUUUUCCGAAACAACAACAACAACAACAACAACAAUAAAAAUAGGGAAACAAAAUAGAGUAAUACUAAAGCUAAGAAGAAUCUUGUAACAAACGAAUGGGAACACCUAAAAAGGAAACUUUCCUCAUCCUCCGUAGCCUUAGUCCAUGAAACGUAGACGCUCAAGCGGGCCUCAAAAACCUUACCUUUGUCUUUGUCACAAACCGAAUAAGACUGAAAGCCUUAGUCUGCUUUACGAAAGUACCUUGUACAUCUCCAGAAGAAGAAUUGUUUGCAGCCGGCCCUCAAUUAACCCCAAGAGACUUCGCCUGCUGCUGGUCAAUAUAUAGGAAUCGAAGGCUAUUCCAAAGAACUGCUCCAGAAAAACUAUUUUUCUUAACAUUUUUCUGGGGUAGAGGAAUAGCGAGUUUUCUGUGUCUCUUAAUACGUAAUUAGAGAUAUUGCAACGUUCUGCCCUUGCUACGAUCUACUAUGCACUUAACAAGGCCCCUCAAGGUACUUAAGCUUACUUAAGAUAUAUUGCGCAUAUUCUGGGAUACACUCGCCUCACCGCUCUUUGACGAAAUGUUCCUAGCGGCAGAUAGCGAUGAGAGGAAGCUGUAUCGCAGGCUUUAGGACACAAGGAUUUUCUACUAUUUACAUGGGUAAACCGGUCGCUCCACGGUUUGGGCAAAUGGUGAGCAGAAUUCCGGACUGAUUAAUUUUGAUUCCGUUCGGUAAUCGCGUUUCCCGUUUGCCUAAGUCAGUUUCGUUUAAUGAAAAACGGCCGCGAAAGCCUGAAACUGAUAAUUAUUCAAAAAAGGUUUGAAGACAUGAAAUCCGAACUUCCGCCAGAAAGUUUCCAACCAGGAAGACCAGGAAAAUAGACGAACGCCUUUUCAGACGUUCCGUUUGUUUCAGGAAUUUUCCACUGAAACGUCGAAAGCAACCCGAAACUGAGUUGAUGGUAAGCCUGGCAAAGCACCAAAGUGUCCUCUUAGUUUGUUUUAAUGGGUCAUGUAUAUAGUCAUGCAGUAGCUUCAUGAUUCAUACACGUUGUCAUACAAGUAUAUAUAGGCUCCUCUUUGGCAUCCACCUAGCUUUUUUUUCAGUUUUGAGAGCCCGCACCAAUACUUAGUCUAAAAUACUUUUAUUCUUUAAAAUUGCUUCAAGGAAAUUAGUUUUUAUAAACCAAAUGGCAUUGAUUGGCGAUGAUUUAAUUCGUAAAUAUCUCUCAAUGCAAAAAUUCAUUCAGUAAUCAGUUUUAGUUUUUAGAUUUUGUUCUGUUUAUAUACCAUUUUUGGGGGGAAAUCGCCAGUCUGAAACUGAACACGAAAGUGUGUGACGCUAUCCCAGGGACCCUAGAUGUUGUAUCUGAAGAAAAUGCUGCAAUCAGUGAGAAUCAUAGGUUUACUGAACGAUUUAAUUUCGAAUUGGCUUUUAAUCUGCCUUUAACUAAAUUGUUUAAAGCAUAUCUAUAGGCAACACUGGCGUGACGGGCAGUGUCACGCUAUUUUUAACCACUGCAAAUGUCGCAUUUUUUUUGCAAAAUUAGGGUUGAACUCAACGUCUUGCGGGCUACUUAAAAUCGUUUGCCCAGAGAUUUGUUUCGAUUUUCUGAUAGAUUGGGGCCUAGAUAAGCAGUAGAAAGUCAAUUUUCGGAAUUUCAAGUUAUAGCGCAUUGUAAAAAUUUGCAUUUUUUUAUCCCUAUAAUUUUGAACGGUAGAAAUGGUCAAUAGGGCCUAUUUUUAACAAACCUUUUUGGCCACAAAAUGAUUACAGCUUUCACAAAUUUAUCGACUUAUAAGAAAGAAAGGGUCAUAAAAACUAUUCGUGUUUUUCAAAGGCUGCCAAAUCGUUGUGGUUUUACGUACGAGUCAAUGGAAUUUGUGUAAAAUUUCGCUUUACCGGAAGUGGAUUUUGAGCUCUGAACGGGCAAAAUGCGUUUUCUCGAAUUUUAACAAAAGAACACGUUAUUUGGAAAAACUAACUACAGCAUGUUUCAUUACUCAUUAAGGGUUAUCGAUGAGCCAAAUAUGAGCGAAAUCAAAUUUUGAAGUUGUGCCGACCGUGGGUCGAUAUUUACGGAAAGCCGCUCUUAAAGAGUCUUUAACGGUGUGUUGGUUGGCUACAAGGCUUCACGUAAACGUUUUUUUAGAAAAUUUGAAAAUUUUUGACGUUUGACGUAUUCAGUAUUUACUCUCUCCAAGUAAGUUCUUUCAUGUACCUUUUUUAUAAUGGCGCUUUAACACUUUCCCUUACUCAGAUCUUUCAAACUGGACAUCAGAUUCAUCAAUACUCAACCAGAUACUUUGACUUUUACCGACCUCAUGCUUGUAGAAAAAUUAAAUAUUGAAAAUUCUCGAUCUUGUUUCAAAGUCCUAGACGCCUUGACGUCUUCAAAACGUAUUUAAGUGACUGAUCAAACCAUUUUUAAGGCCCAGAGAGGAUUCAGGAUAAAAAUCUAAUUACCUACACAUCUACAUUUGUUUAGUGCACAUACCUAUGUCCUCAUAGAGGUUUUUUUUCUGCAUUUUUAAAUGCCGCCUAGUAUUUGAAAUGCGGCUGGGGGAAAAUCUCUAUUUGUUAAGAGCUCGUGGGCUUCUUGGAGACUUCCCCGCCAUAGUCUCCUUCCUACAGCUGUUUCUAAUUUAAAUUUAAAGUUAUUUAUCUCUUUAUUAUGCUUUUACUUCUACUUACUGUAAUUUAUUUUGUGUGGCAAAAAUAGUAAAUAGAAAAAAAUGGUUGAAGUAAGCCAAAGAGGUAAGAAGAAAGGUUUUAGAUGUAGGUGUUAACAGAUGAGACAAUGGGGUGGAACGGGCCGCGAGCCGGCUUAGUGAACUUUUGGAAGGGCAUACAAAACACCAGGAGAAGAACCACCGGUUAGAGCGAUUUUCCUAUGAUCUUGAAAUGAAAACGCGCCAACAAAACAGAAACAACAAACGGAAAUAGAGCGGACACAAACGCGCGUUACUUUUGGUUGGUUAAGCGAACGCUCGGGUGUAAAAACUUCAUGCCCGAGAACUUUCUAGAAAUCAAUAUCAAUCGCUUUGAAGUCAUACUGCAACACGAUUGGCCAAUCGAACAAUGCCUCCUUCAUAUUAGGGUUUUCUUUGGCGGGAAAACGAAGAGUCCAUUUUUUAAUGUUUUCAUUCAUUGGCUAAUAAAACAAAUAACGAACACUCACCGAAACCAUUUUUCAAGGUCAUACGAAAAUGACUCUUGAAAAUGUAUGUUAAAGCAUACGAAACUUCAAUUUUAUAACAAGAAAAAAUACGGAAGUUCAGGAUGUUCAACGCGGCUGUUUGUCUUUUACUUUUGAUUAAACUUCAAGAUGCUACGUAUGUUUACACAUGGAUACACUGGUCAAAAAAAUUUUGACCAAUCUGAGAUUAGGUUUCUCCUGGAGAGUGACAAAAUGCGUGGCGUGACCAAAUUAAAAUCAAAGCCUAAGAUUGCAGUAAAAUUGUCUAGUCAUAUCAAGAAGCUUCCGUUAUCAAACCGUAUCAUUGCAUGUGUAAUAUUUUCCCCUUAGGUGGUGCAGGUGGCUUGGGAGGAAGAGGAAGGAGAUGUUAUGAUUUUAAUGGAUAUCCGAACUUCUGGCAGAAAUUUUGUUCUGAUGACGGAGCUACUGGUCGAGCACCUCGGGGGUCACAUGGUUCAAGUGGAGCACCGGGAAAAAGUAUUACUUACAUUUAACAAUUAUUCGCCGAAGGCGAAGUCAAUAUUGUUAAAUAAUCCCCCAGACGAAGUCGAUUUUUGUAAGCUUUAGCAUCAACGGUUUAAAAGAAAACGCCGAAAAUUUAAAUUACUACCCAAUUCUGAGAAGCCAGCGAGGUUUUUCAACGAGACAGCAUUCCCAUUUUUGUGUCACGCACUUUGAAAACUCGGAAGUUCAAAUUGCUGUAUUUUCGAAAUGAAACAUGCUACGGGAUUGGAAGCUUGUAGAAACAUUUAUUUUUUAUUUAUCUUCAACCUAGUGUAAAUACGAAUUCGUAAAACCUCGCUGUUUUGACUUUACAAUUCGAUGACGUCAAUAUGAUAACAGGCCAGAGCCCCGAUUUUAGUGCGCGCCAGAGGAGGCCUAAUCUCCACAGCAACCACCGCAGAUCGUUUUCCAAUAACAGACAAGCGUUACUUUCGUAAAUAGUUUUAAGCAUUCCUCCAGACACCUUUGGAGAGCGCCGGACACAUUGCCUGUCAAGGAACUUUGUACUUCUGAUUAAACGAACCAGACAUCUCAAAGAAAAGGCGAAAUUUGAUUUGGGUAUUAUAAAUUCAUUUCACGGUCGACUGAAAAUUUGGAAGUCGAUCUUUGCGGCUGGCUUCGCAAUUGAUAACUACAGUUUUCUCGCCGCAUUUGAUUUCAAAUAGGCUUGAUACGCUUUCAAUGGUUUUUCAAGUGCUUUCUUUUAAGAAAAUAGUGCUCCGAUGGCUUAUUGAGCUAUUUUGAAAAAAUAGCUCAUAUGUCAGUGGUGUGAGCGUAUGUAUCUUUGUGGCUUUGUAACUUUGUAUGUUCGGAUGUUUGUUGCAAGAGCCAAUAAGGUUCAAGGUACUAUUAGUUGAUGCUUAGGAACCAAUGAGAUCUUAGCAUCUACUUAAACAUGACAUUGGUAAAGGUUGAACAGGGGCACUUUGAGACCGCCAUCUUUAUUCUUCACAAUUUUUUCGUCUUUUAUUACGGCUACAGGUGUUUGGAAACAUUAUAUUAAAUAUCUUCAUUAUUCAAACGCUGUGUACAGUGAUGCAGCUGUUUAAGGGUUCAUAUUUUAGUGUUGAAGCUACUUCAAGACAUUUCUGACCGAAUUCGGCUAUCGUUAACGGUAUUAACGCACGUAUUUAUGAGUUGUGUUUCACGUGCUUCAAGGUAGAGUAUAAAAGAUCGUAUAUUUUCAAAGCUCUUCCAGUGAAGCAAUAAUUGAUAUUUAGAUAUAGACUUUUAUUCGAAAGUAUGCGCCUAUAAAAUGUGGUUUUAGAAGUUUAAAAAGCUGCUUAUUUUUUUGAAAGCUGUAUCGAGUAUUGUUAAUCCUGUAAACAAGCUUUAAAAAUAUUAUUCUCUCGCUUACAAAGUUCAACCGACCUUUUUCGUUCUAUUUAGUAAAGAUGCGUAACUUAAGUAGAAACAGUGGCGUUAGGGAAUAUAAUUGGAGGAAGCUAGUUGACACAAUAAUCAUGAUAUAAGUAGAAAUAUAUUUCGGCAGUUUGAUAAUUUUCUUGGAAGUUAAUAAAUGUUAGGCUAUCAACCUUGACCUUGCAUGAAACAUAAUUUAAUUGCAGAUGUUGUAGUAAGGCCGAGGUGAUUUCUUAAAAUCGUUUAAGAAAAUUUUGUAACAUCUUCACAUGCAAAUUGUGUGCAUGAGUUAUUUUUACAAUUCUGUUUACUAGAUUACUGUGUGAUAACUCGAAUUCCCUCACGUACGAACGACGAAAGGGGGCAAAGUCCGACACUUUCACGUGCCAGCUGUGUGACUGUACAUCACAUGCAGAUUGGCUUUUUGAGCUAUUUUGAAGAAAUAGCUCAUAUGUCAGUGGUGUGAGCGUAUGUAUCAUUGUGGCUUUGUAUCUUUGUGGCUUUGUAUGUUGGGAUGUUUGAUGCAAGAGCCAAUAAGGUUGAAGGUACUAUGAGUUGAUGCUUAGGAACCAAUGAGAUCUUGGUAUCUAUUUAAACAUGGCAUUGGUAAAGUUCGAACAAGGGCACUUUGAGAUCGCCAUCUUGAUCCUUCACAAUUUUUUCGUCUUUUAUUACGGGUACAGGUGUUUGGAAGCAUUACAUAAAAUAUCUUCAUGAUUCAAACGCUGUGAAUAGUGAUGCAGCUGUUUAAGGGUUCAUAUUCUAGUGUGGAUGCUGCUUCAAGACAUUUGUGACCGAUUCGGCUAUCGCGAACGGUACAACGCACGUAUUUAUGAGUUGUGUUUCACCCGCUUCAAGGUAGAGUGUAAAAGAUCAUAUAUUUUCAAAGCUCUUCCAGUGAAGCAAUAAUUGAUAUUUAGAUAUGGACUUUAAUUUGAAAGCAUGCUCCCUAUAAAAUGUGGUUUUACAAAGUUUGAAAGGCAGCUUAUUUUUUUUUAAAGCUGUACCGAGUAUUUUUAAUUCUGUAAACAAGCUUUAAAAAUAUUAUUCUCUCGCUUACAAAGUUCAACAGACCUUUUUUUUUCGUUCCGGCAAAACAAAAAAAUAAUAAUAAGUGAACAACAUGAUACAUCCGUCUUGCAUACUAAGCAUUAUAGUUAUUGAAACGUAUUUUUUUUAGUAAAGAUGAGUAACUUAAGAAGAAGCAAUAGCGUUAGGGAAUACAAUUGGAAGAAGCUAGUUGACACAAUAAUUAGAUACUAUUUUAUUGAGUGGAGUAACAUGAUAUGAGCAGAAAUAUAUUUCGGCAGUUUGAUAAUUUUCUUGGACGUUAAUAAAUUUUAGGCUAUCAACCUUGACAUGGCAUGAAACAUAAUUUAAUUGCAGAUGUUGUAAUGAAGCCGAGGUGAUUUCUUAAAAUCGUUGAGAAAAUUUUGUAGUAAACAAUUUGCGUUUUGUAAAAGGGCCAAAGACCAACAUCUUCACGUGCAAAUUGUGUGCAUGAGUUACUUUUAUAAUUCUGUUUACUAGAUUACCGUGUGAUAACUCGAAUUCCCUCACGUACGAACAAAGAAAGGGGGUAAAGUCCAACACUUUCACGUGCCA